UAGCAAGCUCGUGAUUUGAGCAGAUAUUGUAUCUGCCUUAUUGAUAUGAUUCCAACGAUAUGAAUGGUGGCAGCUCACGUAAAGUUCGAUGUAUCUUAAUCUGCAAUUUCAUCAUAAACUUCAGCAUUUUUGUAAUCUGCACAAUCCAACAAAAAACUCCACAAACAUACAGUGAUGUCUUAGAGCAUCAGCAAAGCAACGAAUAUGGUGCACAUUCAGGAUCUACCAGCAAAGAUGGACAUUCAAAUGGUCGUAAGUCAUUACCAGGGGAGCACAGUUACACUGAGAACGAUGGACUAGAUAUAUUACAGCCUUAUAAAUACCACCAUGGUCCUCGACAUCGAACACACCGCCAAGUAAGAGAGUGCCAAGAUGUUAAGUAUGGAAAUGUCACUCAUUCCAAAAUUCUGUCUCAUGGAUUUAAUAAAAACCUAAGUCUUCCAAUCACUGAAACCAGACAUUUGAUACAUGUUAUAAGACAAUCUUACUAUGUAAGACGAGAUGUGCUAAUGCAUUUUUCUGUGAUAAACAAUCCAUUCCAAACUGUAUCUGUCCUUGAGCCAAAGAUGGAGCAUGGAUGUAAAGAGGGAGAGGGAAUAAGAGCCUCCGUACUGGAGUCAGCUAAGCAGGAGGAUUGCAUUGUAGCAAUUAAUGCGGGUUUCUUCAACACCACUAGUGGAGCAUGCUUAGGAAAUGUUGUCAGCAAUGGGAGAAUAGUGCAAGACUCUGGCGGAAUACAGAAUGCUCACUUUGGAAUUACAAAGAGUGGACAUCUCUACAUAGGAUAUCUAUCUGAGAUUGAUUUAAUUACUGAGGAUUUUCAACAGCUGGUGGGAGGUGUGCUGUGGUUGAUUAGAGAUGGCAAGUCCUAUCUGGAUGAGAGCCUUAAAAUUGAGUGUUCAGACAUGGAAGAAACAGGCACUUUGGACUAUUUUGCAUCAGUAAUGUCAGCUAGAACAAUUGUUGGCCAUGACAAAGAAGGGAGAGUUAUAUUUAUGCAAGCAGAUGGAAAAACUGGAGAAAAUGGCUUAGACCUGAGAGAAUUUAUUGACGUGAUGCUAGAGUAUGGUAUUGUCAAUGCAAUCAACUUGGAUGGAGGGGGUUCUGCAACAUACACUGUGAAUGGAACUCUUGUAAACUACCCAUCAGACCAGUGCAUGGACGACAAGAAAUUCAACUGUGCUAGAAAUGUGUCCACUGUUCUUUGUGCUCAUCGACCAAGAUGUCCAGAGGUCAACUGCUCAGGUCAUGGAGCAUGUGUAUUAGGGACUUGCCACUGUGAUAAAUACUGGACAGGAAGUAAAUGUGAUCAGUUGUUUUGUUCAAGAAACUGUAGUGGGCAUGGAAAAUGCACGAAAGAUGGUUGUUCCUGCGAUGCUGGUUGGCGUGGUGACACCUGUAACAACACCUGCCCACCUGGACAAUAUGGUGUCGGUUGCGAGUUCAGGUGUACCUGUCUGAAUGGUGCUGAGUGUGACAGUGUGAGUGGAGCAUGUCACUGUCAUUCUGGUUAUACAGGGACCUUCUGUCAGGACGUGUGUCCCUAUGGUUACCAUGGCGACUCUUGUAAGGACCAGUGUCUAUGUGACGAUGGCUGUCCUUGUCAUCCAAUCACAGGAAGCUGUAACUUCUCCAAAUUAAAUACCGACAUUCAGAAAGCUAGUGUGUGUUUUUCUCAGAAGAAAAUCAAAGAAGAGCAUCUAGUCCCAGACCAGUCCAGUGUUUACAGAUCCUGUCUACUAGCUUUAAUUAUAAUCAGCGUCUUGGCAGUUAUCAGUUUGUUGAUAAAUAUAGUUUUAGCAUACAAAGUGUACACAAAGAAAAAACACAAAAAACCGCGGCACAAGAAGGCAGUGUUAGCGAAGUCCAAACAGCUGUACAGGUUUCCGAGCUCCGACACGGAUGGAGAUCUCUCAUCCCUCAGUGAUUGUCCCAUGGAACAAACCAGCUUUAUCAAGAAACAGAAAGGAUACUCAUAAAGUUUAUAUAAAUAUAAUUUAAUUAAUACAUGUCUUCCUUGAAUGCAAUACAUGUGAUUGUACCAGAAAUUAGCAUCAGAUUAGAGUGAUCGAUGGUUGAUAAACAGUCAAUUUUUUUUCCAACUGAAAAUUAAUACAAAAAGUUGUAUUUAGUUAUUACAUACUAGAUUACUGGAAGGACACAAUAGGACAUUGAAAUAUGUACUAGGUAGUAGUAAGGCAGAAAAAAUCCUUCCUUCAAGAACAAAAAUAUGUAUUCCCAUAUUAUGUAGACUUGUAUUAUACUGGCUCCUGCAUGGGGCUAGGGUGGGGCAACAAUAAAUAAAUCUGACAAUCAGAAUAAGGAGAUUUAUUUUUGUCUGGAAGAGAUUGUAGUCACAUGUGAGUGUCGUGGUCCAUGAUACCUUUUAUUUAAAUCUUAAACUCUGUGUAAAUUUUAAUAGUAUAAACUAUCUUUUAGCAUUUUUUUAUUACAUGUAUGGUCAAUGUUAUUGACUUGAUAUCGCACGGAUUUUUCUGUUGUAUUCAAAAUUCUUUGUAAAAAUCUUUCUCAGUUAAGAGUAAAUUUUUGGAAACUUGGGAAGCCUGUGUGAGAUAAGAAAGGGGAGCUCAAGUUUAUAAACAAUGCUAUUUUGAUAUCUGAAAAAU